AUGGCCAUUGCUGUUGAGUCUAAUGAAUUAAAUAUGGAUAUUUGUGUAGAAAAAGUCAAUGAAUUGAAUAAAAAUGUUUGUGUAAAAGAAGUUGAUCAAUUGACUGAUGCUAUUGAGCCUAAUGAAUUGAAUAAGGAUGUUGGUGUCAGUGUAGAAGUCAAUGAAAUGACCGUUGCUGUUGAAUCUAAUGAAUCGAAUAAGGAUGUUGGUGUAGAAGUUAAUGAAGUGGCUGAUGCUAUUGAAGUUAAUGGAAUGGCUGAUGCUAAUGAAUUGAAUAAGGAUGUUUGCAUAGAAGUUAAUGAAUUGAUUGGCGCUGUUGAGACUCACGAAUUAAAUAAAGAUGUUAUUCUUUUAGCAGCUGCUGCAGAUCGUUUUCUUUUGUUUUUGUUAGAAUGCUUGGCAUUAACUGCUUUAACAAUUUCUGGUGAUAAAAUGUUUGUUGGAAGAUUGAAAUUGGAUUUUUUAACACUAUUGAAAUUAAUUAAUUUAAAGUAUUUUGGUAAUCAAAAUCCACACCUUAAAGAACAUCUUCAUUAUGUACGUUCUGUAAUUCUUACAAGAGAAGGUCAUUCAUUAUCUUGCCUUGGUGUUAAAUUAGUAAGACAAAAUAUUCAAAUCAGUUAUACAGUCUGA